AUGCUUGUGCGCUCCGAUCACUCCACUGCACUGCACUUACGGCCGGGGGCGGGCGCGGGCCGCGCGUUCGUCGGACUGACUGGCGGCGCGGGCGCACCCCACUCACUUCGCACCGAAAAUCCUCUACCACCACCGGCCCGCAGCCGUUCAGUACCGUUGCGUACGCUGCUCGUAUCUGUUAAGGCGGAGCUCUUCCAAACUAAUCCAAUCGCAACUCUCACUGUUAAGGAACCGAUCGAGGGAUGUUCGACAUGUGUUCGCGUCGAGAACUUUAUGAUGUCU